AUGAGGCCAACACCAUGGGGCCUGCGCCAUGAAGCCUGUGCCAAGAGGCCAGCGCUAUGGGGCCAGCACCAUGGAGCCAGCACCAUGGAGCCAGCACCAUGGAGCCAGCACCAUGGAGCCAGCACCAUGGGGCCAGCACCAUGGGUCCUUCGUGGAUCUCCAACUCCUAACCAAACCAGAGGACUGAGCAGUCCUGUAGAAGGGGCGUCGCAACAGAACAGGGUUGAAGCAGACGGACCGGGAAGUGCAGUGUGCGACAUCACCACCCAACAGCUCCACAACAGUUUCUACACGUUUCCUCAGUAUUGGCACAAAACAGUGGUACAGGUGCCCAGUCCUAGUGCCCACAGUCCACCGCAUGUGUCCAACAUUAACCAAGAGCGCAUGAUCAAGACCUGCAGCAUGUAA